CCCUCUUUUUUUCCCUUUUCUUUUUUCUUUUUCUUUAUCUCUUUUUUUUUGCAUCUUUGUUUAUUAUUUCAAUAUAAAGAUGGAAAAUACUAACAAUGCAUUGACACCAGCAUUACAAGGAAAUCGAGCUCAACGAAGAGCAAUUCAACGUGAACAAAAAAAAUCAGCCAAAAAAGCAGCCAAGCGAGCAAUGAAAUUAGGUUUACCUGUCAAUGAAGUUCCUACCACCACUGCCACAAUAACUAAAUCAAGAUCAACAAAACCAACUAAUACGCCCACUAUUUUAAUAAAGGAGGUCACUGUCAAUGAUGCAGUCCAACAACAACAACAACAACAACAACAACAACAACAACAACAACAACAACAACAACAACAACAACAACAAGGCUCAAUUGAAUCAUCAUCAUCAUCAUCAUCAUCAUUGGAUGUGGAAACGCCAAUCAAAGUACCAAUAGUGACACCAGUGAAAAUACAGCCAUCUCUCCAUGAUGCCAUGCAUGAAGAUCUUACUAUUGUUGCUAUGGACAGGACAAUAGAUAUAGAGUUAAAGGAAGAAGUGUAUUCUAUUGAAGAUGAAAAUACUACUCAACAUGUGAAUAUUGAAACUGAUGAUACCAUUGACAAUUCUAGUUGUUCUAUUCUAUCAAAUAAAGUGGUAGUAAAGGAUGAUGAAAAGAUGAAUGAAACAGCAAACGUGACUCUGGGUAGUACAGAAACUCUAGCGCCAUUGUUGUGUCCAGAAAUGGUGACACCAACUUCAUUGCAACUAGGCGGUGAUCUAAAUCAUGGAAUAUCAUCUGAAAAGAAGGAGGAAGAAACAGUAGAAACCAAGAGUGUCUCCACUACUACCACCACAUUGAGACGAUCUUCCUUCUUUUUAUCAUCUAAUCAUAGUUCUAUUGAUAUUGACAAAAUGGUGAAUAGUAAUAAUGAAAAUAGUACUUCUACUUUACAUUCUUUAUCUGAUACAGUCUUGGCAAAAAAGAAAAAAACCUCUCAAAAAUUACAAAAAUUAUUUACAAGUUUAAAGAAGAUCAAGCCUACAAGAAAAGAAAUACCCAUAAAGAACAAAAAAUCAUGGCAAUUCUGGAAAAAAGAGAAUAAUGUGAUGAUGGUUAAUUCUUAAUAACUAAUGAUGAUAAUAAAAAAUAAGAAAAUAUCUUUACUAUUGAUCAAGACCUUUCUUUUUUUCUUUUUU